AUGACUUCCAGGAGGCCAAUGACUCGCUCUUUUUCUGGCAAUGGGAGGACAAGCAGCUUCAGUGAAGAGGAGGGCGGCUCUUCCAAUGGCCGUUCAGAGAGCCGCAAUACUUAUCUCUCCAAUGUUAGGCCUGAAAACAGGUAUUCUCACUACAGGCCAACGAGGAGCACAUUGUGCAGUGUCAUGGCUCAGCUGACUGAGGACAUACAGCCGUCCUUUGAGUCCACCUUGAAAUCAAAAGCAGUGUCAGAAAACUGCAAUGUGAAGUUCACCUGUGUGGUAUCAGGAUACCCAGCUCCAGAACUGAAAUGGUAUAAAGAUGAUAUGGAAAUGGACCGCUACUGUGGACUUCCAAAGUAUGAAAUUCACCGUAAUGGAAAAACCCACACCCUCCAUAUUUACAACUGCACAUUGGAUGAUGCAGCCAUCUAUCAGGUCUCAGCCAGCAAUAGUAAAGGUAUUGUAUCCUGCUCGGGGGUUUUGGAGGUUGGCACCAUGAAUGAGUACAAGAUCCACCAGAGGUUCUUUUCCAAGCUGAAACAGAAAGCAGAGAAGAAGAAGAAAGACUUGGAGGACCACACCAAGAAGGAGGAUAAAGAAAACUUUCAGAGAGAGAAACCACGGGGUAGCCCUGAACGUCCUCAAAGGAAGCGGCCCAUCCCACAGCCAGAGCCAAUCCCAGCAGUCAAGGAGCCUGAAACUGUGAAGCAAGUGCAGGCUGCCGCAGAACCCAAUGGAGUUAGCUCUGAAGUCAAGGAAACAGCCCCUGUGACAUUCACAGAAAGUGGCAUGGAGAAGGAGAUACCCCCAUCUGAAGUAACCUUGGCCAAAAAGAAAAUAAAGAUCACAAAUGGUGUAGAUGCUGGAGUUAACACCAGCAGCAACAGUAGCAACAGCAGAAGUCAUAUGAUGGGGAAUGGUGGCGAAAACUGUUACGAUGGAGGGAUCGGUUUGGCACAAUUUUUGGCAGAGACUCUCCAGUCCCAAACUAAUGAUGAGAAGCAGAACUCCCCUCAAGUGGAGAAACCUAAGGAGAUGGCUACACCUAUUGUAAAUGCCAAGAUCAAACAUCACAGCAAGGCUCAUAAGGAUCACGACCACCACAACAUCCAUACUUCCAUCUCCUCUAUGCUCCACACAGUCAAAGACUUCCUCUUUGGUAAGGGUAAGAAAGACUCUUAUGAUCACAUUGAGAACAAGGGGAGAGAGUUUGACCACUUGCCCACCUCAACGCAUCCUAGUUCGCAAACACCACCCUCAUUUUGGCUGCAGCCUGAGCAUCAUCCAGAGGUGGAUAAGCCUCUCACAGAGGAAGUUGUUCCUAUGGAAACUGAUAAACCACAGGAGCAUUUGGAAACUGUGGAUAUAGAACAACAGUCAGUAUCAACAGAGCUGUUGACGCCACAUGAACCUAAGCAUGAAGAUAGUGUCCCACACACAGACGUGCCUCCAGCUCAUAAAUUGCCCCCUGAGAGCAUAGAGGAGUCAACAGGCCAGAGUGUCAAGGAGGCUGAUGAUGCUGUAGAGGCCAUGGAGGUGUCUGAGGGGGCAGAGAGCAGCGGCCCCCAUGAAGAGAUGUCAUUGUCUGGGCUUCAAGUUCUCACUGAGGGUGAGGAGAAAGAUUCUCAGCUUCCCUUAGACCAUCAAGAUCUUGAUUGUCUGGUAGUUUCACCGCAGCCUAAUCAACAGUCUGCACAAGAUGAGUCUUCACCCAGAGAAGCUAUAUCUGUCUUGCCACAAACCCAAGCCCAUCAUGAAGAAGAAUGCCCCCUGACAUCCACCCUCACUAGUUUGAAAGAUAGCCAGGCUACCCCUUGCAAUGUUAUCUCAGCGACAGACAGUCACUGCCUUAGCGAGACACCCACUGAGCCUGUGCAAGAAGAAGAGAUGAGCGUUGAUAAGAAGGGUAAAGAAACUGAACCUGACACAGAAGAGGGCCAUUCUUCUACUGAGUUAUAUAUACCGACGCCUGUUGAAACUACAAAAGUGCCUUUGUUUGUGGUACCACCAAUCUCUGUUACUUGUGAUGAAAGUGAUUUGAAACUGCCCACUCAAUGUGAGUCGACAGAAACAGAAACCUCAGCUGCCAAGCAAAGGGGAACAAAGCCUGAUGUUGACAAUAAUGCAGCCACUAAGCCUGAAAAGACUCAGAACAAGGAAGAAUUGGCAGAAAAAAGUAUAACAGAAAACACUCCUUCUGUGCUACAUGAAGCUCCAAUUCCAAAGCUUGGUGACAAUGUACCAUCAUUGAGCAAAACAACUGAAGACAACAUUAUCCCUGAAAUAUUGAAAACAAAACCCCUGAAAGAGGCCAUGGUAGAGAACUCUGUGACUGUUGAGGACCUCCUAAAAAAUAGAUCCUCUGUUGAGAGACUGACUUUCAAACCCCCAACACAUCCAUCUCUGAGUCCAUCCAGCCUCCGUAAAUUUAUGUCCAAGUCUGCUCCAGAUUCAGACAAUGAGGCCAUGACAACUGUCCCUGUAAUCACUGUGGGUGACCGUCAAAGUGACAAAGCAGAUGAAGAUUUAAGUGGAGGAUCGACACCAACAUCAUCCCUCUCCUGUGAAAGCAGUCCCCGGCUCAAGCGGAGAGACAGCCUGUCACUCAUACGCUCUGCUACACCGGAGGAGUUGGCCUCUGGGGCCCGCCGCAAGAUUUUCAUCCCAAAACCUAAAGAAGAUGGAGAGGGUGUUGACACUCAAAGCAAGAAGGAGACCCCCUACAUGUCACCCAGCCAGGCUCGCAGAGCAGCAUUACUACAAGCUCCCAUGGGACAAAACACCCCACCAAUGGAGAGGCGCUCUCCGCUGCUGAGCCGCAGAAAGGCCACACUGGAGGUUCCAAAAGUUGUGGAGGAAAUACCAACAGAAGAGCCAGUCAGCACCAAGCAAGAGGAGAAACAUGCAGCAAAGAAGCUGGACCCACUGAAAGCACCCCAGGUCAUCCGUAAGAUCAGGGGAGAGCCUUUCCCAGAUGCCUCCGGACACCUGAAGCUGUGGUGCCAGUUUUUCAACGUGCUCAGUGACUCCACCAUUAAGUGGUACAGAGAUGAAGAGGAAAUACUCGAGGUGAAGAGAAGUGGAGGAGAUGAAAGCCAGGUAGCGUUGGCUAUUGUGUUGGCAUCCAGCCCAGACUGUGGUGUGUAUGGCUGUACGAUCAACAAUGAAUAUGGGACUGACACCACUGACUACCUCCUCAGUGUGGACAUUCUGUCUGAGAUACUACUUAAAGAUGAUUUGGAAGUUGGAGAGGAAAUAGAAAUGACCCCACUGCUGUUCAACAAAAGUAUUGCUGAUUGUGGCAACUGGGGUAACAAAUACUUUGGCCGCAUUAUGACUGAGAUGGUGAAUAUUGGGGAAGGCUGUGCCCAUAAAGCCAGCAGAGUGAAGGUAAUUUAUGGCCUGGAUCCUGUCUUUGAUUCUGGAAGCACCUGCAUCAUCAAAAUUCAAAACCCCAUUGCCUAUGGGACCAAACAGGAGAGCAACCUUGCAGAGAGAAAUCUAGAGAUUACAAGACAAGAGUGCAAAAUCCAAAACCUGAUUCGAGAAUACUGUAAAAUUUUUGCAGCUGAAGCAAGAGUUCUUGAAAACUUUGGCCAUUCUUUAGAAGUGAUUCCUCAGUAUCUGAUGUACCGGCCUGCGAACUCUGUGCCAUAUGCCACCGUGGAGGCUGAUCUCAAGGGUGUCUUCCUCAAGUAUUGUAUGAUGGAUCCUAAAGGCAGACUGAUUAUACGAACUGUCUCUGAAGUGGAGCAAAAAUGCUGCUCAUUCCAGCAUUGGAUCCAUCAGUGGACGCAUGGCAAUUUACUGGUCACUCGGCUGGAGGGUGUUGAAAUGAAGAUUACUAAUGUCAGAGUUGUGACCAAGUCAAAAGGAUACCAAGGACUAACAGAGUGUGGCUCUCCUCAAGUAUUCGAACAGUUCCUGACACAGCAUAAGUGCAACUACUACUGUGGACUUCUUGGCCUGCGCCCACUGAAGACUAUGGAUAGUCUGCAGCAGCCCUCCAAGAUGAAGGGGUCCAGGAGCCCCCUGCUCAACCGCAAGUUGAAUACGGGGUCCGGCAGUCCGCAGCUGCAGCGGAAGGGACACAGCCCUCAAAUGUCUAGAAAGGCAACUUCUAGCCCAAAGGUGAAUCGAAAAGUCCAGGUGAUAGAGGACAAUAAAUCAGGUGCCAAACUCAAGACUGCAGAAACUCUUAAUGUUCUUGAAACAAGGUAAGAAAAAAGGCCUCUUUUGUGUCAUGUAAGAUGUUAUUGCUGUUGGUGGUUUAGCAUUACCUGUUUCUUUCCAUUUAUCAGAGCCAGCAAUUUUAAGAAAAUGCAAAGUUUGUUGACCUGAAUUGUGUUGUAAAUUUACUGUGAAUUUCUCAGUAGUCAUUACAACUAUGAGACAUCCCUCUCCCAGCUAGUCAGUUAACUUCUUACCGUAGUAAAGUUUCAUGAGAAUGUGUGGCGCGACGGGCACAGGGUUUUUGACCUCAUAGCUCAUAGACACCGAACAGCAAAAUCAGGGUGAGAUAUUAGAGUUGACUUUUGACUAUUAAAUAGUUUGAAAC